AUGGCGUCGACAGCAACGCAACGGGACCACACGAAGUACCUGCUUGACCGAAACAAACAGUCCGUCUACAGUGAGUUCAUACGGCGCUCUGGUAUGCAGCUGCCCGAAUUUGUUCGACCGCUGCGAGGCGAGACUGAGCAUGACCCCCGCCCCAAUAAAUCGCUGAUCGAGCCAACAUCCCUAUCAGCAUGGCAAAGUUACCGCUACAAAACUCAGUGGGCCGAGAUUGUGCAGCACGGGGUAUGUCCCCGGUGGAAAUCGGGGUUCGCAGUACAAGACGCACCACCCGCAAAUCAUGGGUCGGCUGUACGAGCCCUGAAUAUCAUUGUUAAAUGCCUCCGCAAAGGGCAGGACGAGAACCGCUAUCUGAUUCUCGAUUUGGAGCUACUGUCGAUACUGCAUGGUGUCACAUGCAGUCCAUUCGGGGCUGUUCAGAAGGGUGAUGCGGACCUCACUGUUGAUGCUCGUCUAAUUCACGAUUUGUCAUUUCCUCCGGGCGCCUCGGUCAAUGGCAACACUGUUCCGGAUCAUGAGAUUGACGUUUGUUAUGACGGCCCUGAUGCAUUGGCCAAUCGCAUUCUGGAUGUGGACGAGGUCUUCCCAAAACUACAGCAGAUGAUGACUGGAGACGUGAAUGGAGCGUUCAGGAACAUCCCGGUGUCCGCUGACAACAUCGACCGGUUUGCAGGCACGAUACCCGAGCUUGGGAUCCUGGUCAUCGACCUGUGCUGUCCAUUCGGCUGGUCAAACUCUCCAGUGUCAUACUGGGUAGCUGGUGCUGCUAUUUCGCACCUUUACUCCUGCUCGGCACCGGAAUGGCCUCUACAACCUACAUCUGGAAAGAACAACUUCGAUGCCAAGACGUGGUGGCGCGCCCUCGGUCUAGAUUGGAACCUGCACUCCAACACAGUCUCUAUGCCCCCCGAGAAGAUUUCAAAAGCGCUUUAUCGUGUGCACGACAUGGCAACACGGGCGAAAACGACCCGGACCCAGUUGCAAAAGCUACUAGGAAGUCUUCGACACGUUCUCACGUGCGUCAGAGCUGCGACGCCAUUCUUCCAGCGCGUUGCAGCACUAGCUCGAGCUGCUCCGAGGUUCGGAACCGUCGAGGUAUCGUUCGAGGCAAAGGGAGAUUUGCAGUGGUUUGAAAUGGUCAUUCGAAUCGGUAAAUUGAACGUUGUCCCGUUGUCUAGAUUCACGCGUCGUCAGGAACCAAACUACCACAUCCAGAUGGACGCCAGUGACAAGGGCCUGUGCGCUCUGUUCCCGCUUCGCAAGCAAUAUCUCCAGGUUCAGUUCACCGAUGCCGAGAUCGACUUGAUUCGUCAGUGCAACGAAGAGGGCGACAGCACAUUCUGCAUCAACGUCCGUGAACUAAUGAGCGCAGUGUUUGCGUCGUUAGUGUGGGGCUGUACAUGGAAAGACCUUACGGACAAUGAGGAAGCUCACGUAAAAUUUUGGAUCGAGAACACGUCCGCAGUGGCGUGGAGCAACCACAAGACGAGCCGCAACCUGUUCGCUCAAAUGCUCCUCCGUAUAUUGGGUAUUUGUGAAGUUCAGCAUGGAUUCUAUACUAUGGCUGCCCACGUCGCUGGGGUGGACAACCAAAUGGCGGACGCAGGAAGCAGGAUAUGGCAGUCGCCGGUGCUCGCGGCCGAGUUUGCUAACUUAUCGUCUGAUUGGACACAGGUGCAGAUACCAGCCGCCUUGCGCGAUCUCUCGCGUCUCUGGGAGCGUUAUUGCGAGCAGGUGCCUUAG